UUAGUCGUUAAGAAGCAGUUGACUGACGCGAACGUCAAACAGAAAAAAAAAAUCAGUGCGUCUGAGUAAAAUAAUAAAAUCAAUAUAUAUACAUAUAUAUAUAUAUAUAUAAAUUCAUUGAUUUCUUUUGUGAUAUAAAGAUAUCUUUCACACUUAUCCAUGUUGCUUACAGUAAAUAUAUUUAUUCUGCUGUUGAGUGCCAUCUCAGCUCAGGUUGCACCACAACAAAAUGCUAAUAUUCAGGACAUAGUGAACACCGUAUUCCAAGUGACACCCACUGCAACAGCAAGACGCACGGGAUUUAAUCAAAUUGUGACACCAGAACCAGUGGAUCCUUCUAAACCUUUACCUAAUUUCACCUCGGUUAGUGGUCGAGCACAAUGUAAUUGUGUGCCUUAUCACAUGUGCGACCCUAGCACGAAUUCAGUAACUGAAGAUGAAACAUUCGAUGGUUUUGGGUUAAUCGAUCUACGCGCCGAUUUUAAUGAUCCCGUAUGUGAACAUUAUUUGGAUGUUUGCUGUGACAAUAAUCGGACUUUACCAACAAGCUUGAAACCAACUCCAGUAGAAAAUCGUCCUAAUCGUCCCACAGGAUGUGGUAUACGUAAUGUAGGUGGUGUUGAUUUUAAUAUAACAGGUGCACUUGAUAAUGAAUCUGGGUUUGGUGAAUUCCCUUGGACAAUAGCGUUACUGACAGCAGCGGAUAGUACGUACUUCUGUAGUGGUUCAUUGAUACAUCCGCGUGUUGUGUUAACUGCUUUCCACUGCAUUACUCAGCGUGCCCCGAAUAGUUUUGUGGCACGUGCUGGUGAAUGGGACACACAAACAACAAGAGAACGUUUACCUUACCAGGAACGUACAAUACAAAAAAUAAUAGCACAUCCACAAUUUAAUGAGCGUAAUGUAGCCAAUGACUUUGCACUUCUCAUACUCUCUGAAGCUUUUGUAUUGGACGAUCACAUUAACGUUGUUUGCUUACCCGCACAAAAUGGUAUACCAGCAACAGGCACCAACUGUUAUUCAACAGGUUGGGGCAAAGAUCAGUUUGGUGCUGCUGGACGUUAUAGUGUCAUUAUGAAACGUGUGCUUUUGCCAAUAGUUGAAUUUAAUGAUUGUCAAAAUAAGUUACGAGGCACACGACUUGGCCCCAAAUUUGCUCUAAGUCCCACAUUUAUUUGUGCUGGUGGCGUUGUUGGUAUUGAUACAUGUCAGGGAGAUGGUGGUGCACCACUUUCUUGCCCAGUUGGUAGCUCAACAGAUAAUCGCUUUGUUCAAAGUGGUAUCGUAGCAUGGGGAAUAGGUUGCAAUACUCAUAUUCCAGCUGCAUAUGCAAAUGUUGCAUCGGCACGCGAUUGGAUUGAUGGACAAAUGUUGACAAAUGGAUUCGAUACUGCCACUUACACUACAAAUUUAUAAUUUUAUUUUAAUAUAUAAUAAAUAAAUUAGUGUUUAAAUUUAUUUGGUUUAAAUUUUGUAAUUAUUAAUGCUUUAAGUGUAUAAGAGAG